AUGGUGUUGUUACAGGAGUCCCUGACAUUUGACGAUGUGGCUGUGGACUUCACCUGGGAGGAAUGGCAGCUCCUGGCCCCCAAGCAGAAGGACCUGUACUGGGACGUGAUGUUGGAGAACUACAGCAACUUGGUAUCAGCAGGGUAUCAAGCCAGCAAACCAGACGCACUCUCCAAGUUGGAUCGAGGAGAAUCACCGUGGACAAUGGCAGAUGAAGUCCACUGUCGGACCCGUUCAGAAAUCUGGAAAGAUGAUGAUCAUCAGCUGGAGCACUUACAAAAUGAAAGCAUGGAAAAUAACCGAGGGCAAUGGCAUGAAUGUAACACAUUUGAAAAUUCUGUCCAUCUGAGCAAAACUCAUUUAAUAUUAAGGCAAGGUCACGAUAUGUUUGACUCAUAUGGAAAAAGUAUGAAAUCAGAUUUAACUUUACUUAACCAGAACAGAAGCUGUGAAAUAAAGAACCCAUCUGAGCUUAGUGGAGAUGGGAAAUCCUUUCACCAUGCUAACAGUGAACAAUUUCGGAUUGCAGUUAAAUUCCCCGAAAGCCGAAAACUCAUCAGCACUAAGGCCCAACUCAUCAAACAUCAGAAGACUCAAAAAAUGGAGAGGCCUCAUGUAUGCAGUGAGUGUGGGAAAGCAUUCAUGAAAAAGUCUUGGCUUACUGAUCACCAGAUUAUUCAUACAGGAGAGAAGCCCCAUCGGUGUGGUCUGUGUGGGAAAGCCUUUUCCAGAAAGUUCAUGCUCACCGAACACCAGAGAACGCACACAGGAGAGAAACCUUACAAAUGCUCUGAAUGUGGCAAAGCCUUUCUCAAGAAAUCACGGCUCAAUAUACAUCAGAAAACACACACAGGAGAGAAACCCUUUAUAUGCGGUGACUGUGGGAAAGGCUUUAUCCAGAAAGGCAACCUCAUUGUACAUCAGCGAAUUCAUACCGGUGAGAAACCUUAUAUAUGCAACGAAUGUGGGAAAGGCUUCAUCCAGAAGACAUGCCUCAUAGCACAUCAGAGAUUUCAUACAGGAAAAACACCCUUUGUGUGCAGCGAAUGUGGAAAAUCCUGUUCCCAGAAGUCAGGUCUCAUUAAACAUCAAAGAAUUCACACAGGAGAGAAACCCUUUGAGUGCAGUGACUGUGGGAAAGCCUUUACCACAAAGCAAAAGCUCAUUGUCCAUCAAAGAACUCAUACAGGAGAACGACCCUAUACCUGCAGUGAGUGUGGGAAAGCUUUUGCCUACAUGUCUUGCCUUGUGAAACAUAAGAGGAUACACACAAGAGAGAAACGUGGAGAUUCAGUCAAGGUGGAAAACCCUGUCCCGGAGAGUCACAGCUCAUCACAGACCAGUGUUGUCCUGCAGGAGAAAAACCUUGUUAAUUCGGUGACCGUGCAGGUGCCACCUGUGGCCCCUCACACAGCAUUAAACAUCAGUGGGCUCCCAGCCAACAGGAAUGUAGUCAUAGUGGGCCAGCCUAUGGCCAGAUGUGCACCCUCAGGAUUUGCACAGGACAGAAACCUUAUGAAUGCAGUGAGUGUGGUCACGCCUUCAGUGAUCAAUUACGUCUUAUUUUAUGUCACAGCAAACCAUUAGGAAAAAACUCUAUGUGUAUGAGACAUUCUAUGUGUAAAAGGCUUGAGCAAAAGUUUCUAGCUCAUACUGUGUCUGAAAAGUCAAUACUGAGAAAUAUUGAGAAAUGCUGGGACUAGGAAAGCCUGAUAUCCUAUUAAACAGAUGCAUUGAUAUAGAAGCAUAAUCUGAUGUUAACCCAAACACAUACAUCAGUUGCUCUAUUGUGUCAAUUAAUGGAAUGAAAGAAGCUAAGAGGAGGAAAUAAGUGAAUGUUUAAAAUAUAAUUUGUAUCUCAAAUGUUGCUAUGAGUGACAAACCAGGAAAGGCUAAUACUGGACUGGUGGAAUGUGACCAUGUAUAUAUCAGUUCAGUUUCCCCAGGCCAGGGUGAAGGGUUGAGUAAAAACUGGGGCAUCUACCAGAAACUCUCAGAAGUUGACAUUAUGCAGAGGGAUUUAAGGAACAACAGGUUCAGAUUGAGUCGACUCAUUCAUUUACUACGUAUUGGUUAAAUACUUCCUUUGUCCCUGGUUCUGUUCCAGGAGCUGAGGAUACAGUGAUGAUCAAAACAGAAGUCUGGAUAGAGUAGUGCGGUAGUCGGAUUACCCCUAAGUGGUAUCUCUGUACUCCAAUUGUUCUAGUGAGAGGAUGUAAAUAUCUUUAUUAGGUGAAAUAGACAUUGUCUUAGUCCGUUCUGGUUACUCUCAGAGAAUACCAUAGCCUGGUAGCUUGUAAAAACAAAUUUAUUUCUCACAGUUCUGGAAGCUACAAAGCCCCAGAUCAAGGCACCAGCAGAUUCAGUGUCUGUUGCGGGCCAUCUUCCUUCCUGGUUUAUAGAAGACAGUCAUCUUGCUGUGUCCUCACAUGGUGGAAGGGGCAAUGAGCUCCCUGGGAUGUCUUUUAUAAGGCCACCAAUCCUAUUCAUGAGGUCUUCACCUUCAUGACGUAAUCACCUCUCUAAUGUUCCCACUUCUUAAUACCAUCACAAUUGGGGUUAGGCUUCAAAGUAUGAGUUUUGGCAGGGACACAAAUAUUCACUCCAUGCAGGAUAUGGAGUAACUGGAUCAAGGAGUUAUGAUAAUUUCUUCUUCAAGGGGUAUAUUAUUUCAGGGGAGGGCAUGAACUCCUCUUAAUGAACUUAAAGCACCUCAGGAUACAAGUAAGUUAUUUUUUAAUGCCCAUGUCUUAUCUCCCCAAGUAGAUUGAAAAUUCCUUGAUAAAUUUUUUUUUUUGCUAUUUAAAUUUUAAAGUUUUAAAAACAAAAUAAAAAACCAGUUCCUUUGUUGCACUAAACCACAUUUUAAGUGCUUAGUAGCUGUAUGUGACUAGUGGCUAUCUCAUUGGACAGGACAAACAAUGAGCAAAACUUUGUAGCUAACUAUAUGGCUGCAAAGUAUGUACUAAGAGAAAUCUGCAGGAGACCAGCUCCUGCAGGAGACCAGCUCCCGCAGGUCCAGGGGUUCCCUUUGGUGGAGACGGCAUCAGCGAGGAAAAGAAGAAAAACGCGUGGAGACACAGGAGCGCUUUCAAGAAGUGUCUCACUUUAUUUUUACAGCAUGUCC